AAAUUUCUCUGUAAAGUUCCCCAAAAAGUAAAAAGUAAAAUGGAAACGGUGAAGGAUAAUACAGCCAGGACCUUUAUGGAAUUGAUGAGAGUGCCAGUACAGUUUUACAGAACGAUUGGAGAGGAUAUCUACGCCCAUCGAUCCACGAAUCCCCUGAAAUCGCUUCUCUUUAAGAUCUAUCUAUAUGCAGGAUUUAUAAAUUUUAAUCUGCUGGUGAUCGGCGAACUGGUGUUCUUCUACAACUCAAUUCAGGACUUUGAAACCAUUAGAUUGGCCAUUGCCGUGGCUCCAUGUAUUGGAUUUUCUCUGGUUGCUGAUUUUAAACAAGCUGCCAUGAUUAGAGGCAAGAAAACACUAAUUAUGCUACUCGAUGAUUUGGAGGAUAUGCAUCCGAAAACCCUGGCAAGGCAGAAGGAAUAUAAAUUGGCGAACUUUGAAAAGACCAUGAAACGUGUGAUCAAUAUAUUCACCUUCCUCUGUUUGGCCUAUACGACUACGUUCUCCUUUUAUCCGACCAUCAAGGCCUCUGUGAAAUUUAAUUUCUUGGGCUACGAUACCUUUGAUCGAAAUUUUGGUUUUCUCAUCUGGUUUCCCUUCAAUGCCACGAAAAAUAAUUUGAUAUACUGGAUCAUGUACUGGGAUAUAGCCCAUGGGGCCUAUCUAGCGGGUAUUGCUUUUCUCUGUGCCGAUCUUCUACUCGUCGUAGUAAUUACCCAGAUAUGUAUGCACUUCAACUAUAUAUCAAUGCGAUUAGAGGAUCAUCCAUGUAAUUCGAAUGAGGACAAAGAGAAUAUAGAGUUUCUUAUUGGCAUUAUCAGAUACCAUGACAAGUGCCUUGAACUCUGCGAACACGUCAACGAUCUUUAUAGUUUCUCUUUGCUGCUUAAUUUCCUCAUGGCAUCCAUGCAGAUUUGUUUCAUAGCCUUUCAGGUCACCGAAUCAAUAGUGGAAGUGAUUAUUAUUUACUGUAUUUUUUUGAUGACCUCUAUGGUCCAAGUAUUUAUGGUGUGCUACUAUGGGGACACUUUAAUUGCCGCGAGCUUGAAAGUGGGAGAUGCCGCUUACAAUCAAAAGUGGUUUCAGUGCAGCAAAUCAUAUUGCACCAUGUUGAAGUUGCUAAUCAUGAGAAGUCAGAAACCAGCUUCGAUAAGACCGCCGACUUUUCCGCCCAUAUCCUUGGUUACCUAUAUGAAGGUCAUCAGCAUGUCGUAUCAAUUUUUUGCCCUACUUAGAACCACAUACAGCAAUAAUUGAAUUAGUAAAGCGCCUCUCUCUGCACUUCCCAAAUCAUCCACUUUCUGCAAAUCGAAUCGUUAAUAGGGAUUUUCAGAAUCCCUUCAACAAUCUACCCAACACAGCUAUUCCCUGCAAAUCGCUACAUCUAAGCCAUUCGAACUUAAUGACGCCCUCGACACGCUUUGAUAAUAUUUAAUUAAAAAUCGCAUUUAAAAUUAAUAAGCUUAAAUGGAGACCAAUAGCGCCUGGCCGAGCACAAAAAUCCGGCAUCUGUAAAGGCACACGAGCCAAACAAAAAUGGCAUUUUUUCAAAAGGAAUAUUACAGCACCAUCCACAUAAAAAAGCGCCAAGAACGGGGACGCAAAUAAAAGCAGCAAAUGGGGAUACCAUCCAGCCAAAAGAGAACUCCCCGUUCUGACCUGGUAAUAAAAGGAACAACAUAAAACGCAAUCACAAUCAUCGACAAUAAUCUGGCAGCAACAACCAACAAAAAAAUGCUUAUUAUAAAAUUUCACAGUUUUUCAAUGAGCACAAACGGAGCGGAGCGGUGCGGGUGGGUGUACAAAAAAAUGGUCGAGAGUGAGGGGGUGGAAUGGCAAUGGCUUUUCAAAAUCAUAAUGGCAGCUAGUAACAAGAGUUUUGUGUGCAAAUAAGUGGGCGGGGGUGGUAUAAAAAUUUGUUUUGCCAUGGCGGCCAACCGAUCAGAGUCGGAGCUGGCAAAUACCACGUCAGCAGGAGAUGCCCUCCAUGUCACAACUUUCCGUGCACUGGAACAAAUUAAUGCGCUUUCUUUUUUAAUUGGUCCUGUAGAAAUGGAUGUAUAUACUACGACAAGUCCAUAGUUUUGAACAAUUAACUUGCGAGUUAAAAAUCUUACAUACCAUUUAUUAAGAAUUAAAUAUUUUACUCCUCUGUGACACUUUGUAAAUACUAAUACUUUUAUAGUCAUUAUUUUUUUCGGUGCACAACUCCGAUGUGCACGUCACGCGCGACCACUUAAAAAACCUUGGCCACCCAGCCUCCUGCCCCCAUCCACUGCCUCUUCGUGCCCCCACCCCUUAGGCACCAUCCCCAUUGGGCCAAGCCCCCUGCCCCACAGUUCGUUGCAUUUCCCCUUAACAGGCCGUUAGUCGUUAUUAUUUUGGUCCAUUGACGCUGCGGGCCAUUGCUAUAUAGUGUAUACACAAGGUGAAGAAGCGAGUGCUGUGUGUAUAUAAUGGCUCCUGCAUAUAAAGGAGGGAGGAGGGAGGGAAAGGUCCUUAUGUACCACCCUCAGGAUAUGGACUCGAACUCGGACCAUCCACCCUCAGUGACGUUGAUGUCCCGUAUUGGAAUCGCGUUCGUUUCGUUUUGGUCCUGCUCUUGGUCCUUGGUCCUUGUCCUCCUCAUCACCAUCAUCAUCAUCAUCAUCAGGAGCAGCAGGACGAAACUUUAGAGGUGGGCACAGGCACACUCUGAACCACCAGGAGGGCAAUUUUUAUAAUUUUAGUCUCGUUUGCUUCGAAUUUACUUUUUAUUUUCUUUUUUCUCUCCAACUCUGUUUCUUUUCAAGCUUCCCUUGGCUUGACUCCUCCCUUCGUUCAGGACUUGUGUCCUGGCGGGUGGAUGCUGUUUUUUAUACCCCCCGGCCCCGAUUUCUUCGGCUUGUUUCUUUUCUAACAUUUCUUGUCAGCCAGCGGAGACAGACAGAGACGCAUGAACUGGCAGUGAGCGAGAGGGCCAACGUAGAUUUACUUAUGUCCUUUGUAUUGGUUUCUGUUGACGCCCUUUAACUCCCACCAUCGAAUGCAAAAUGGCGUUGAGUUGACUGUAUUGAUUUUUGAUUUAUUGCCGAUUUGCCUUGUUUAUGCCAGGAUUGCGGGCUCACUGUACGGGGCCAACAAGGCGGCUAAUGUCAGGCCAAUGAUUAGUCAUUGGCGAGUCAACUGUACGUUAAUAAAAAAGAAGUGAAAGGAAUGCAAGCAAGUAAUAUACUAUCGCAAAAUAGUAACACUAUUAUGUUUGCAAAAAUUAUAUACUGUAUAAAAUCUUAUUUGCAUCAGCAAAAAGAGCAGUUAGUAAAGGGUCCUAAUAUUGCUCAAAUUAAAUACAUAAAUACAUGAUAUAUAGUUUUCAUUAUUCUACUUACUACUAAAGAUGACUCAUAAGACAUAAAUUUCACACAAUUAGGUAAGUUAUCUUGUAUUGUUUUACCUUCAUCCAGGUCUCCAUUCUCAGUUCAUUAAAAAUGUCUGUUGUCCUUUUAUCGAACCGUCUUUUCUGCCCAUUGCGUCUAUUCCUUUCGCUGAUCAUAUUUCCUGUCGCAUUUUUCCCCCAUCAGGGAAAACAUUUCGUUUCGUCUUUAAGAAUCAAAGGAGUGGAAAAAAAUUACUGAUAUAAACUACGCAAAGACGUAAAGAAAUCUUUUUAUUUUGUCCAGCGCUCAGCUCAUCAGCUUUUAAUUUUAUACCCAUCCUGGGGACCCAGGACGCCGGAUUUCUCAGUACGAGUAGAGUCCAGGACUCGACGUCCUGAGUUUAAGACUCAGUCUCGUGGCAACUGGCGCUAAUGAGAUCCGAGCGAGGAGGCCAGGCAACUUUCCAUUACGAUGAGUUUUUCCAGUUUUUUUUGCGACGCUUUUCCUUCGCCUUCCUUGUUGUGUUUCGUCCUGGAACCUUUGUGUGCGAGAUGGCUCGCCGUUCUCCCCAUAGGACAGCAAAUGUCCUUUGGCUUGUUAAGAAAAUGUCGCUCUCUAAUGCCCGUCAGGGGGAGACAAGAGUGUAGGGCGGAGAAUUCUGGGGGCCACGACUGACUAGUUGACGUUGUUGUUUUUCCUUCGUCGCGCUAUUAAAUUAGAAAAAUGUAAAUUUAUUUUAAUUAAGAUAAAUAAGUAACAAAAUGUUUUAUGGAAAUUACGUUAACAAGGCGUAGACAAGGGGGGAGUUGUUGGGUGGUGAUGGUUGGCACUUUCGACCAUUACUGCUCAAGGACGAAGGGAGCGGGGACAGCAGGACAACUGCUUUAGCAUGCAAAUACACAUAAUCAGCAGGCAGCAGGCAAACAGCUAACAACAAGCAUGGAAAAAAAGCAUAGGUCCUCCCACCUCUCUGGAAAAUGGAAUUAUUUUUUCCAUUUGUAUAUUCCGCCACUUUUUAUGGCUUUGUUGAAAAGUUUUCCCGACUCUGCGCUCGUUUGUUUCUCGCAUUUUUAAAAAUAUUUUCGCCCCAUCUUUUUUUAUUUAUUAACAUCGAUCGAUGAGUGAUUCCUGUUUAUAUUGGCAUUGAUUACCCAUGUACACACACUUUCGGCCGCCACUGUUAUCGACACUCGUCUGAUGCAGAAACUUUUAAUUGAGUGCCCCCACCAAGGAUUUAACAAUUAAUAAAAUAUUCCUCUGUUCUUGUUCAAAUUAAUCAGAGAAUUAACAAAGCAAAAAAUGUGUAUUUACGGGAAAAGUUUGAAAAGUACACUUGCUAUUGACUGGCAUUUUUUUCAUAAUUCUAUUUAAAUGCUUUAAAUGGAAAUUUAAAGAGAAUCCAUAUUAAAAGUUGUUGAUCUUAAAUGCGGCAGUAUCUCUUCUGCAUUAUGAGCUCAUUCAAUACAAUAUAUUACAUAUUUAAUAAGUUAAUUUUCUUGAUAUAUUGGCUUUUUCCAUUAGCACUCAAAUAGAAAUUUUGUUGUCUAAGUGCUCUUCCUUACUUGAUGUCAUUAUGGCUGUAAUUAAGUUUUCAGCUUCAUGUUACUUGUCUUCAAGUGCGUUCUAAUUUCCUUAGCCUUAGCAAAACCGCCUGAGAAAACCCAGCGACAACCACUUGGACACCUCAUCCUCCUCAUUUUUCAUUCUGGUACACCAAUGUCUUCUGCUUAGCCUGCAGCAUACUUUUCGAGCUUAAUGGUUUAAAUAUUUACUCGUAAUUAAAAUUCAGCUUUAUGCACGUCAAGUGCAUAAUCACAGACCAAACCAGACCGGGCAAGGCCAUUGAGACAAUUUUUUCGAGCCCAGAGAGCUGACACCGCCUGAAAAAGUGGAUGCCCAAGGAUUCAGAUGGUGGUGCACACUGUGUAGCUGGUGGAAACGGGGGGCAGAUGGAGGAGCAGUUGGAGUCGCUGGAUCAGAAGGAGCAGGAGCCAACAUGGACGGCAUUAGCCGUGGGGCGGAGUAAGCAACUGAAGAUUACGUCGCCCCCAAAGUAAAUGAAACUUAUGCACAAAUUACACAAGUCAGUUGACUAGCAUCUACACAAAUGCACUGAGAAUUAUAAGUAUAUAUGUAUGAUUUUAUACUUAAAUUUAUAUACAUUUUGUUUCUGAGCAAUUGGUAAUGUAUUUAUCUGUGCAAUUGGUAUUUUAAACUGACUAUUUUACUUUAUGGAGCCAAUCAAUUUGGUUUGAUUCUCUGUCACUUAUCAAGCUAUAAUAAUUUAAAUUUUAUUUAUUAUUUUAAUUAAUAUUUUCUCGGUGCAUUUCACUUCGAACUCGCCUUCCUCUGCGGCUGACUAUCCACUCGAGGCGGCGUCAGCACUGGUCCUGCUCAUAAUUAAAACCCGAGCUGAAUGAAAUCGCAUAAAAUGAAUUAAACAUUUUAAGGCUAUUUAGAGGCGUAGGUAUGUAGGUGUAAGCAGGGGGCGUGGCCGCGGAUGGUAUUGCUCUUGGGACAAUUGCAGCGUUAAAUGAAAUAUUAAUGGCACGGAUGUCGGUAAGGAGCGGCUCCCUCGGUUCUUGGCUCUAAUAAUGCGAUGUUCCCAUCCAGGACGAAGGAACGAGGAUUUCGGCAUAGAAGCAGGGGAAGCUUUUAAUGAUAUAUUUUCCUCCGUUUUUUUGCAACUUCUACCGCUGUUGUUUUGCACACACACACAGAGAGUUUUUCAAGUGCAUCAUUAUUUGUUGCAAAUGGAGGCUGGCGGUGGUGAAAAAUCAGAGGCAUGGCUUGCGGAGGCUGUGCAAAUUCAAUGCGCUGCAUUUUUAAUCCCAACGCAAGGUUUUUCUCCUCUUUUCAAUGCCUCAACUCAAGUGCAUGCCACACCCCCAUUUCUUCCAUCGCCCUGCACUUCAUAUGCAAACAUUUAUGAUGACGUUGAAAAGGGGGCGGUGGGCGUGUAGUGGGCGGGGCCGCUGUGGUUCGCACAAAGGUAGCCCACCCAGCUUUUGUUUCCUUCGGUGGAGGCAUGUGUGUUUGUGUCGAGUGCAGGCCGCAUAAUGGGAUGUCUGAUGAAGCUCUUAGUCGGCAUAAUUACUUUUUUUUUUAGCGUUUUUCACUCGCUCCCACCGCGCCAGCAAAGCAAAUGAUACUCUACAGGGUUUCAACGCAGCCUCAAACCCCACAAGUGCACCUCGAAUGGCGGGACAAUCAAUCGGAGGCGGUUCCAAAUUAAAGGACUAGGUCAAAAGUGCCGCCGCAAAGUGGCACUCAAAUGGAACCAAAGGUAGAUCAUUUCACUGUCAUUGCAAAGUGGUAAUGAAUGGGCCAUGGAAAUUAUGUUCUUCAACCCAAAGAUCUAAAAGCUGUAGACAUCAUAGAAAAGUGUGGAAUAUGUUACUAUACUUUUAAGAUAAUGUAUUCCACAAACACUUUUUUGUUCAUUUUUUUAUUCCCAUUUUACAUGGAGCUAGCAGAACGUUAUUAAAUACAAUUUAACCAUUCUUUCGUUAGUUGACUCAUAUAUUAUGAUUUGUAAAUAUUCAUUUAAAUACAUUUAGCCUGAAGAUGUGAAUAAAUAAAAAGUCUUUUGUCGCUAA